AUGCUUCUCCGAUCCUGCCCUCCUUUUGGCCAAAGUGAGCGAGUGUCUCGGGCAGUUGCUGUCAAAAGACCGCGCGCGCAUAUUUGGACUUUGGGGGACUGCAGCUACCCUGUGCAGCUUUGCGAUAUUAUCGCUUCCUGCAACAACUCUUGUGAACUCCUGCCUGCUGCAAGACAUGGUGGUGUGGGGAUCGCUCGCUGCAAAGUCGCGCAGCCCCCGGGCCAGUUGAGGUUCCUUAAUCCCAGCCGUCCAUCUGCUACAGAAGCUCUUUCCCUUGGAGCCAAUCACACCAGGCGUCUGCAGUUCGUCCCUGUCAGUGGAAUCGUGGAUCGGGCCGCUCGCCGGAUCUACGUCCCCCUGCAGGAACCACCGAGUUGCUAA